AUGGCAUCAGUCGUGCUCGUGACAGGAGGAGCGCGAAGCGGGAAGAGCGGCUAUGCUCAGAAGUUCUGUGAGAAGAUCUGUGAGCAACCAGUAUAUGUAGCGACUGCUAAGGUCUGGGACAAGGAGAUGAAGGAGCGCAUCUCAAAGCACGUUGCCGACCGGGGUCCGAACUGGAAGACAAUAGAAUGCAACCUGAAUCUCAGUGAGAAUGCUGAGCAGUUCAGCGGUAAAGCUGUAAUGGUCGACUGCCUGACGUUGUGGUUGACAAACUUCUUCCUGGAGGAGGGAGCCUUCUCGAUGCCCAAGACUGACGAUGAGAACGUGACUGUGAGCAGCGACACGAAGGCUUCAGAGCUGGCCUUGCAGAAGGUGAAACAAGAGUUUGACAAGCUCGUCUCGCAGUGGGAUGUUACCUUCGUGUUUGUGACGAAUGAGAUCGGUUCCGGAGUUCAUCCCGAACACACCAUGAGCCGGGCCUUCGUUGAUUGCCAGGGAUGGCUCAACCAACAUGUCUCAGCCCGUGCAGACAGAGUUGUGCACAUGGUCGCGGGCCAACCACACAUGAUCAAGCAACCGAGGCCUGUUGAUGUUCCGUGCUUCUUGCCUCUCGAUGCAGAGAUGAAGAUUGAACAAGCAAGCUUGGAUCAGCUCUUAUCUACCCGAAGGAUGCAGAUGGAGCCUGAAGGAUAUUUCCUGGUGAGCGUCGACAGGAACAUUCAUCGGAUCUGUGCCGAGUUCUACUCGUGCAUCUUGGACGAUCAAGGGCGAGUUUGUGACCUUGAGGGGAACGUGAUCCCGUGCGAUGCGGACAGGAAGGUCCCGCCGGUCAAGCGCUUCGAGGGGAGGACAGCGAAAGAGCUAGCGGUCAUGGUGUUCGAGAAGUGGCCUGCUUGCCCCCUCAAGUCGCUCGUGCAUGCAUCAUACCUAGGGAGAGAGUUCCAGAAAGCUGAACUUGCCCUCAUCCAUGGAUUCAAGUACGAGCAGGAUUAG